AUGGAUAUAGGAAAUAAGGUUUACCUAAAUAACAUUGACCAGAUAGAUGAAAAAUCGCAUAUCAAGGUUCGGGUGCUUAAAAUUUGGAACUUUUUCAGAAAUAAUAAAGUUUGUUCGAUUGAAAUGAUCAUCAUGGACGAGGAGGGUACACAAUACCAAGCUCGUGUCUUCAAUCAGAAUUUCUCCAGAUUUCGUCAUCUUUUAAAGGAAGAUGAAAGUUAUAUAGUUAUAAAACCCAAUAUGGCUGCUGUUACUAAUGGUUUUAGUUAUACAGGUCAUAAACAGACCUUAACUUUGGAUUGGAAAAGCAUCCUAAAAAAAUGUGAUGAUUUCUCGGGUCCGGUCAAUGGAUUUAUGUUUGUUGACUUUAAUUCUAUCAUAGAACAAACAUGCCCAAGAGACACAUUCUUUGAUGUUAUUGGACAUAUCGUGUCAUUUAGGCCUCUUGAAACUUCAAAUUCAGUACCAUCCAAGCAUUAUAUAAAACUCACUCUUAGCAACCUAGAUUCUGUACAUCUGAAGGUUACUAUUUUUGGAAGUCAAGCAUAUCAAAUUUCAGAAUACCUAAAAAAUAACCCGACGGUUAAUUUUGUUGUUAUCGUGAUGCAGUUUUUGAAGCUAAACAUUUGGAAUGGUUUUGGUGAAGCUAAAAGUCAUUUUGAUGAAAUGAAGUUUUUAUUAGUUGCUUCCAUUGUUAAUAUAAGGCAGAAUCUAUCAUGGUAUUAUGAAGCAUGCAAAAAAUGUGGAAAAAAAAUAAACCUUGUUCCCAAAGCCAAUCAUUCGUAUACCAACCCUGAGGGAAUUUCAGAAACUAUGGUUGUCGAGUGUACAAAUGCACAAUGCAAAAAAUCUGAAUUUCAGUAUAUAAUUCCAAUCAACGUACAAGAUUGUACUGGAACCAUUGGAUUGACUCUUUUUGAUAGGGAAGCAAAGAGGCUGUUAAAUAUAAGUGCCUACGAGUUGAAAAAGAUACAUGAUGCGGCCGGAGACAGUGAUGCGCUAUUUCCAAUGCAACUUAACGUGUUGAAAAACCGCAAGUUUGGUUUUGUUGUAGAUAUUACAGAAUACAAUGUCAACAACUAUAAUAACAUCUACACAGUUCUCAGAGUUACAGAAGAUAUGUCCAUUGUUUCUGAAUUGGAAAGUAAAAUAGAACUUAUGAGUAUUCAAUAUGUCUCCUUAAAUCAAGUUGCUUUGGAAUCCGAUGAUGUUGUACAGCCUGUUCAAAAGGAUGUGAUCUCACAAACAGACGAAAGUUUUACACCCUCAACAGUUGAUAAGUCAACCGCAACAAGUCCAAGCAAAAUAUCAGGUGAUUUGAAGCGCAACCUCCAAGAAAUUUAUGAUGUUGAUUCUGGAGAUGAUUUAAGUUCAACUAAGGCUAAAAGAAAGUCAACCGCAGAGGAAACUCCACUCUUGAUUCCAAAAAUGGAAAAAUAUUUUGAUUGCUUGACAAACGAGAAAGAAAUGGAUGAAUAUUACUCCAAUAAAAGAGAUCAUAAAGAAGGAUUUGUUAUGAUUUUUAAGAUUGAGUACCUGCAUAAUCGUGAUGCACGAUUGGAAGCUCUCAUUGUCCUACAGCUAAUUAAACUUGGUUUUCUAUAA